AAUUGUCAAUUAGUGACCUUCAAUGUAUCCGAAGCGUCCUUUUUUAAAACAUAUUUAACACAUCCGUCAUUUUAUUUUGAUUUUAAUUGUCAACGCUCUAGCUGCUAGGAUGGAUUCAGCAAAGAUUGUCACUCUGUUUCUAAUGAUAUCGUUUUUUAAAGCCGUAGCAUCAAGAAAUUGUGAAGAUGGUUGGGAACAUCAGAAUGGUAGAUGUUAUUACUUCAGUCGAUUCUCAACUAACUUCGUUGCAUCAAUGUAUUUCUGUAAACGAUUUGAGGGAGCUCUUGUUGAAAUAGAAGGACCUAAUGAGUACGAGACAGUGGUAAGCCUUGCAAGAGCACGAAAUUUUCCUGAUUUCUACAUUGGAUUGACAGAUAUCUUUUCAGAAGGAAAUUGGAUGCAAGCAAGUUCAUACAAGUCUCAAACUUAUUUUAGAUGGUCUCCAGGAGAACCAAAUAAUAAAAGAAACCAGGAUUGCGUUCAAGUGUACCGUGCUAAUUCAAAAAUGGAUGAUGUAUGGUGCACCGAAAAUUUACAUUUCGUUUGUGAAAAAGGAUCGUAAAUGCAUCUUGUUUCUUUAUCCUGUAUUCAAUUUUAUGAUUAUGAUAUUAAAUACUCUCAUCAUUU